AUGACGUCACCAACUACGUUCCGCCCCCGACGCAGGAGCGUGUCCCGAGGCGGAGGCUCCGACCUUGCCUCCGGGCGUGUUUUCGCCCCGGGCGUGGACAAUGGAGAGCGGCUACAAAGGAGGCUUGUUUGCUCGGGCUACGGAGGCCGGCCUGGGAAACGGCACCCUUUAAUGACCGGCUCGCCCGCCUCGCUCCCGCCCGGGCUUACCGCCUUUGAGCCUAGGGGAGCAACAUGGCGCCCCGGAGCCUGGGCUGGGGGCUCCCCGGAAGCCGCCUCCCCCACUGCCCGGGCUCGGGCCGAGCCGCCCGGCGGAGCCAUUCCUGCUUUUGAAAGGGGAGGGGACAGAAGCGGCGUUUGGACCGGCUCCGCGGGCUCCGGGCGCCGAGCCCAGGACUUCUCCCGGAGAGUCCUCCAAGCCUCGCCACGACCAGCCCCGCAAGGUAGGUGCCGCCGUUCCACGCCGAACACUCGAGGAAACCAAGCAGAGGCUCCACGACUUGCCCGGGUUGCGGUUGGCGGGACGAAGACGGGCGUUGUGCGCUACGUUGGGGAGACAGACUUCGCAAAGGGGGAGUGGUGUGGCGUGGAGCUGGACGAGCCCCUCGGGAAGAACGAUGGGGCUGUGGCAGGGACCAGGUACUUCCAAUGUCCCCCGAAAUUUGGUCUCUUUGCCCCCAUCCACAAAGUUAUCCGGAUUGGCUUUCCAUCUACUAGUCCAGCCAAGGCCAAGAAGAGCAAGAGGAUGGCGAUGGGUGUCUCAGCUUUGACCCACAGUCCCAGCAGCUCCUCCAUCAGCUCAGUCAGCUCUGUGGCCUCUUCUGUUGGAGGCCGGCCCAGCCGUAGUGGCUUGUUGACAGAGACAUCCUCCCGCUAUGCCCGCAAAAUCUCAGGCACCACGGCCCUACAGGAGGCUCUCAAGGAGAAACAGCAGCACAUUGAGCAGCUCCUAGCUGAACGGGACCUGGAGCGGGCCGAAGUGGCUAAGGCCACAAGCCACAUCUGUGAAGUAGAGAAGGAGAUCGCCAUCCUGAAGGCUCAGCAUGAGCAGUAUGUUUCAGAAGCGGAAUCCAGUCUCCAACGGGCCCGGGCAUUGGUGGAGAGUGUGCAGAAGGAGAAGGUGGACUUACUCAACCAGCUGGAAGAGGAAAAGAGGAAAGUAGAAGAUCUCCAAUUCCGUGUCGAAGAAGAAUCCAUCACUAAGGGAGACCUGGAGACUCAGACGCAGCUGGAGCAUGCUCGCAUUGGAGAGUUAGAGCAGAGCCUGCUGUUUGAGAAGGCUCAGGCAGAAAAGCUGCUCAGAGAGUUAGAGGACAAUCGGAUGACGACGGUGGCCGAGAAGUCGAGGAUCCUCCAACUGGAGGAGGAGCUGAGCCUCCGGCGAGGGGAGAUCGAGGAGCUUCAGCAGUGCCUGAGGCAGGCAGGCCCCGCGGACCCCUCAGACACCAGUCCGUCCUCCGAGGCCCUGCGGCUCAGGGAGCAGCUUCUGUCCGCCAGCAAGGAGCACCAGAAGGAGAGCGGGCUGCUCAAGGACAAGUACGAGAAGGCCCUGAAGGCCUACCAGCACGAGGUGGAGAGGCUGAAGGCCACCAACGAGAAAUACGCGCAGGAGAUUGUGGACCUAAAGCAGAAGGUGCAGCAGGCCACCAGCGAGAACAUGGGACUGAUGGACAACUGGAAGUCCAAGCUGGACACGCUGGCUUCCGACCACCAGAAGUCACUGGAGGACCUGAAGGCCACUCUCAACUCGGGCCCCAACACCCAGCAUAAGGAGAUCGUGGAGCUGAAGGCUGUCAUGGAGAGCAUCAAGAUGGAGCACCAGCUGGAGCUGGGCAACCUGCGAGCCAAGCACGACAUCGAGACCGCCGUCCUGGCCAAGGAGAAGGAGAGCCUCCUUGGGAAGCUGGAGCAGGCCCGUGAUGAGCUGGAGGAGGUGCGCCAUCACUGGAAAGCCCAGCUGGAAGCCAGGUCCAACCAGCACCAGCUGGAGCUCCAGGAGGCCAAGGACCAGUGCAGGGACGCCGAGCUACGGGCCCGAGAGCUCGGCAAGCUGGACGGCGAAUGUAAGGAGCAGGCCCAGGCCAUCGAUUUCCUGAAGGAGCAGAUCUCCCUGGCGGAGAAAAAGAUGUUGGACUAUGAGGCAUUGCAGAGGACGGAGGCCCAGAGCAAACAGGAAAUCCAGAGGUUACAGGAAAAACUCUUGGUGGCAGAGAACAAACUUCAGGCCAUGGAAUCCCUCUGUUCUUCUCAGCACUCUGAUGUGAUCGAGACAAACGACAUUUCAGAAGAGAAGAUCAGAAUGAAACAGAACAUGGAGGACCUACAAGACAAGCUGAGUAAGAGGGACAAAGAGGUGGCAUCCUUGGUAUCACAGACCGAGAUGCUCAAGGCCCAAGUAAGUGCACUGGAAGGCAAGUGUAAAUCAGGAGACAAGAAGGCAGAUGCCCUCCUGAAGGAGAAGAAGAGGCUUGAAGCGGAACUGGAGGCCGUGUCCCGGAAGACCCAUGAUGCCUCUGGGCAGCUGGUGCUCAUUAGCCAGGAGCUCCUGAAAAAGGAACGGAGUCUGAAUGAACUACGGUCCCUGCUGCUUGAGGCCAAUCGUCACUCCCCGGGGCCUGAGAGGGACCUGAGCCGAGAGGUACACAAAGCAGAAUGGAGGCUCAAGGAGCAAAAACUCAAGGAUGAUAUCCGAGGGCUGAGAGAGAAGCUAGUUGUGCUGGACAAAGAGAGAUCAGCAUCGGACCAAAGGCGCUAUUCCCUGAUUGACCCAUCCUCAGAGUCGGAGGUCCUCCGACUCCAGCAUCGCCUGGUCAGCACAGAGGACGUCCUUCGCAGUGCUCUGGAGCAGGGCCAGCAGAUGGAAAAGCUCAUGGAAGCCAUGAGGAGUUCCCCUGAGAAAUCCCAGCCCGUCAGCAAUUCUGGUUCUACCAAUGGGAUCCAUCAACAAGACAAGACUCGGAAACAAGAGGAGAAGCACUGACCCCCGAGAGGAGGAGGAGGAGGAGGAGAGAGAAGGUGCCCAUUCCACGCCCGGAUUCACUCGCUCGCAGGGCAGCCACGCACCCCACUGCCCACCUCCGGCUCCUCCGCCAGGCGCCUGGCCAACAUGGCCCCUCCUGAGACAGGAAUGGUGUUUGUAACCAUUGUGUGCAGACAGCCGUGCACAAUCCCCCUCCC